AGAGACAAACCGUUCCUCACCACCCGCCACUAGCUCGGCCUCCUACGUCAUCACGUCGACGCCGUGGCACCCGUUCAAAGGAGAUGGCGCCCGCGCGCGCUAGCCUCUUCGUCUCGCGAGAAGUGGGGAGACGAGAGAAAGGGGGGAGGGAGGAAAGGAAAAAAAAAAAAAGGACCGCGUUUGAAAGAUGGCGGACGACGCGGAUCAGCAACAGACCACCAACACUGUAGAGGAGCCCCUGGACCUAAUCAGGCUCAGUCUGGAUGAACGGAUUUAUGUGAAAAUGAGAAAUGACCGAGAGCUCCGAGGAAGACUACAUGCUUAUGAUCAGCACUUAAAUAUGAUUUUGGGAGAUGUGGAGGAGACUGUGACAACUAUAGAAAUUGAUGAAGAAACCUACGAAGAGAUAUAUAAAUCCACCAAGCGGAAUAUUCCCAUGCUGUUUGUUCGAGGCGAUGGUGUUGUACUGGUAGCCCCUCCUUUGCGAGUUGGUUGAAACUAAGGAUUUACUCUGGAAAAUCGGGGACUCUAUACAAUUGUUCCUGUAAAAGAGUUUGCAAAAACAGCCACCCACAACUGUGUUUCUCCCUUUGCCAGAAUGUGUAUUUACAAGCUAUCUGUGAGUUAACAACUUCAAAAUGUACAAGGCCUUUAUCUUUUUUUGCUUUCCUAGCCCCCUCAAAUGUACACAUUAUAAUGCAGAAACUUUACCUGCAAAAUUGGUUUAUUCCUUUCAGUUGCUCUAAUCUAUUUUUUAUUAAAUAUGCUUUGUCCUUCCAAUUUU